AUGGCUGCACUGAGCAACGCGCAAAAGGAGAAGCUCAAAGUUAGUUCGAAACGCUCCCGCUUCUAUGACAGCUCGGCUCCCGGUACAAUUGCCCAACGAGCGCAAGCUCGCAGUAACUUCCAGGAAUAUUGCAAGAGUGUCUACGGGAUCGAAAAGGAGCCUGAGAUGUACAGUCGUGAGACCCUCAUCGACCACGUCUGCGGCUUCCUGGAGUGCAUGGCGACGGUCUCGGAAGGAGUACUCCAUGACAAGGUCAAGGCAAGUUUCAUCCAAAUCCCCAUGGUGGGUACAUUGUAUAUGUACAAGUAUUCGCUUCGGUUCUGGGUUGAUCGAUACACGCUCGACUUCGAAUCGAUUCAGACGGAAUACUAUUGCCGAGUAUUAAGGCAUAUCCACAUGGUAGCCGUGGAGCAAGACUUGCCAACAGGAAUCAGGGAGAAGAACGAGCUAGGCGAGUUCGAGCUCGGAUUGAUGUACAUGGAGGCCAUGGCUCUUCAGGAGGGGGUCCUCCAGACAAAGCAACAUUACCUCGCGUGGGUUCUUGCCUAUAUUACCGGGGCCCGACCCGGCACUUUCACAGUUGGAACCGGCUAUCAUAAAGGCGCCCCGCUAGGUGGUACCAUGAGCCACACCAUGCCCACGCGCGCCGUUUCCCACACAUUACGCUGGGCUGACAUCAAGUUUGACAAGUUCGAACAGGAAUACUGCUGUAUCCUGACGUUCCGCUUUUUGAAAGGAAGCCACGACAAGUACAAAGAGGGUAACUUGGACGGGUCAAGGGAGUUCUUUUUCGCGCCGAAGCAAGAACGCCUACAUCUCGACCUUAGUGCGCUCUUAUUUGGUGAAGCUUAUACCCGAGGCUUGUUUGUCGACCCGUUGGACAUUCUCCUCAGCGACACGUCCCUUCAUUUCCCCACGAUCAGAUCGGAAGUGGCAACACAGGCUGUGUUCAUUGCGGGGAACAGGAAAUGUGAGCUUAUUCCCAGUCAAGAGAUGCGAUCCAGUGCACUCAACCGAAAGCUCCAAGAAUAUUGCUUUUCGGUCGGUAUUCUCUGCUAUGUGUCUAUGUAUUCGUUCAGAAGGCAGGCAGCUCAGGAAGCAAAGAGGAACCACUCUACCGAGGACGCUAUGGCGCUGCUCGACCACGCCCCAAACAACCCAAACACCAUGCGCCACUACGACCAGCACGGAUUUGACCGACGAGAUGCUCGUAAGUACAUGCUCUUUCCAGUUGUUCCUGCCUACUCACGAGAACCCUCUCGCAUACACAAGAUGUUUACUAAUCUUGCGGAACUGCAGUGGGUCAAGGUUUCAUCGUCAGGAUCACCAGUCAGGCCACUAAAAGCAGAGAUGUACGCUCGCGCACGCCAGAUUAUGAAAUUAGACCCACAAUACAAGGAACUCGAGGCCGGACUGCACGAUAUCCUGAUGAAAGCCCACACCAAGCUCCAAGAAUCCAAUCUCCUCUCGCCCGAUGAGGAGUACUGUAUCACGGACCGUAACAUCGGAAGGUAUAAGGCGCUGAUGAUGGGUAUCGAGGAGCCGGCAUUCAUGGAGAUUAGGAAAGAGCUGGACGAGCACUUGGCGCAGCGGAAAUCUGCUUGCGUGGCAGUUACAGAACACACCAAGGAAGAGCUUCGCAAGAGCAUCGAGGGUACGUCGGCGGAGAGGGAUAGGAUGGGGCAGUACGUGAACGAGAUGGACAUUAGAGUAGCAGAAGAUGACGAGUACGUGGAAGGCGAAGUACUCGAUGACAGAAGGGAUGAGUCUGAAGCCUGGAAGAGGUUCACCGAGGGUCAGAUGCUCAUCGCGGGCGCAGACGAUGACUUCGAGGGAAGCUUUGAAGACUGGAACACGUUUAUCAGAUGCUGGGUGGACAAGACCGACAAGCCCAUCUAUGGGACGGAUGACUUGCGAUGCUUUCGAUGCGCUGCUGACCCCACUAUCUCGCAAGCUGCGAAAGACGAGAUCUGGUUGAAGCGUCGCCUCCACUCUCACAUGAAGGGCAACACCCACUCCCGAAGAGAACAAGUCAAGCGCGCAUUCAAGAUAGAUCUCGCAAAUGCCAAAGGAGGAAGGGUCAUGUGCCCGUUAUGUCAGAAACCAACCCACAAGGACCAGAGAAGGUUCAUGGACCACGUUCAAGCAAUGCACAGCGAGCAACUGUGGGUCCCGGAUAGCCUGGAAGUGGAAGAGGAUUAG